AUGGUGAUGGGAAAUUUUGGGGGGAAGUUGACACCAGUAACAGUGACAUUUAGGGUGACAAAUAUUGAGGAAAACACAAAACAAAAACAUUCACAGACACAUGAAGAAUCACACUAUUCAUUACACACAGAUAUACACCCAGUCCCAUGGACAAAAACCCACACUAUUAACCAUAACACAGCUUCUUCCUGGGACUACAGUAAUCAGCCACAUUGCUCUACUUAUAAAUUACUUUCUAUCAUGAGGGCCCCUAUACUCAUUGCCCCCAUGAAUUUUGAAUCAGUUUGGCCUCUACACUAA